UGUUCGCUCGGUUGUUCACCUACACGCCCAGAAGAUUGUUUAUCUCGUGGGUUCACCGUGUAUAUUUCAAUCGGGGGUUGGAUUCGCGAAACACCAUUCCCGUGGUGGGGAUUACUUGCUAUUGAGCGUACCCGAUUGUCGCUUAGCCUCACUCAUACCCGAUCUAUCAAACGAUCUCGUUCUCUUCGCUCAGUUCUGAUCAGUUGUGUUGUUGCGGUGAUAUGGGGAAAGAACGCUCUCUUACCGAAUACACCAGUUUGCUCUGGUAGACGAACAGUAAAAAGCAAAACAAACGUACCAAAUCAACGUUCCACUCAAGGUAGAGUUUUUGCUAAAACGUCAACUCUUCGCCCUUUCGUAAAUCCAUCGAUCGUUUCCAAAAGAGGAAGCAUCGGAAGGAGGAGGGAUCGAGGUUUUCGUCGUCACGUUUCGCUUGCAGUGUGCGUGUUAAGAGAACAAGCCAAAGCGGGUGUUGUUGGGUGGUUAUAAAAGAGCACACCCUAGACACUGUUAAGUUCAGUGUGGUUGUGUAUGUUGAUCGUGCCGGAUCGCGACUUGAUCUGUGUUGUCUUGUUUUAGUAGAAAUAAGCGAUCCUUGUUACACGAAGAUGGAAAGGAAAAGGCAUUACCGAUGUCUCAGUGUAUCACGCGCAGUCAUUAACGUUGGGGUGAUGAGCUUAUUGUUGCUGCAACCGUUCGCUUGUCAAGGCCAAACGUAUCAGCCACAAGCCCAACAGACUUUAGAACGUGAACUGAUCAGCGGCCAACAACAGCAGCAACGGCUACAACAGCAACCUCAAAUGCCGCUUCAGCAACGACAGCAGGCAAUAUCUAGUCGGAGAACAGUAUCUCGUGUAACAACUCCGGCAGCACAGCCGCCUGUGUCCGGUAAUGUGCAGGGUAGGAUAUCAUUCUCCUACAACCCAGCGUCGGCCGCCGUGACUGAGCUGGCACGAGUAAUCGGUGCUAUCAUGGGUCAACAGAGCAAUGCGGGAGUCUUUUCACCCGUCAGCAUUGCUUGUGCUCUUUCAUUAAUGCUGAUCGGCGCCGAAGGCGAGACAAAGCGUGAGCUGGUGCGAGUACUAGGUUUCCAGCAGUUCGAGAAUAACCUGCAAAACAUGCACCAACUUUACAGCCAGAUGCUAAACGACCUAGCGAAGACACAGUUUGAUGUGUAUCCACCAUACUGGCGAACUGCUAAUCCGUGUUACGAUGGCGAUGAUGAGGGUGGCACCGACUAUGAUGAUGGGAGUUAUGAACCGCCUGCUAAAGACAUCAUUCGAGUCACAAAUGCCGUUUUCGUGCAGGAUGGAGUGCAGCUAGAUGGCAACUUUGGCUACUUCUCCAAACACUACUAUAAUAGUACAGCAGACAAUGUACCGUUCGCCACAGAUCCAGGCCGGGCAGCGAACUUAAUCAAUGGCUGGGCUGCUCGUAGUACCGAAGGUAAAAUACGUGAAAUUGUGUCGACAUCAUUUGCGGCCGAAACAGAGAUGGUAGUAGCAAGUGCGCUCUACUUCAAGGGCCUCUGGUCGGAGAUGUUCGAGAAGGAAGCAACCGAACUGAAGCCGUUCUAUCCAGAUGGGCACGAAAGACCUGCGAAACCGGUUCUAACGAUGGCGGCCGUCGGAUGCUUUCCGUACUACGAUGCGACACGCGAGUUCGAUGCGAAGAUCGUUGGCCUGUCGUACCAGGGCAACAAAUCGGCCCUGUACAUUAUCAUGCCGAAUAACUCGACCCGUCAACGAAUGCAAGAAUUCCAGCGUAAUCUUACACCGGCCAUGAUCGGUGAGAUGGUAAUAAAAAUGACGACACGCAAAAUGUAUCUACAGCUGCCCAAGAUGCGCAUCUCGAAUACAAUCAAUCUGCGCGAUGUGCUACAGCGACUCGGACUUCGAACGAUCUUCAAUGCUGGACAAAGCGAUUUAUCGGGCAUGAUCGCACGGCCUGUACCAUUGAAUAUCUACGAAACACGGUUUGGAGGCUCCACACCAGACCCAUCGUCAGUGGUGUUUCCGAUUGAUGACUAUUAUCCUCCGAAUCCAACAGAAGGGCGCCGUGGCAGCGCAAAUGCUGGCAACCAACCCUAUGGGGCUCGUCCUAUUACGGAUAAUAUCCAGCCAUCUAACAUUUUCCGUGAAUCCGCCAACGGGGUGAAACCGCAAUCGGUCAAGACAGAAAAGCAAUUGCAUGUUAGUGAAUUCAUUCACAAAGUAGAGCUAGACAUCAAUGAGAAGGGUACAGAGGGUGGAGCGAUUACAACGUCCACCAUCUUCCGAUCACUUCCAUCAAUACAUUUCCGAGCGGAUGCACCAUUCCUAUUACUACUUGGACACGAUGAAACAAGACUUCCGCUAUUCUACGGUUCAAUAUACGAUCCUUCUCCUUAGAGAAAAGCAAAUAGUCAAGAUUCGGAUCAUUUGAACUACGGUUUUGUGUUAAGCUAAUUUGCUGUAACUUGAGACACUACUAUAGGCUGAUCCUGUAAUCAACUGAAACGCUACUCCAGACUGCUGAUACAUGAUGUAGAUAGAUUUCACAUGGCGCCAUAGGCACCCGAGCUAUACAGCAUAGUAUCCUGAAUUGAUGAGAGUCAUCUGAUGAGAAAAAUCGCUGUAUGCUUAGUUGUGGCUGCAACAAGCCCCGAUCGUAAUUUCCAGUAAAGACAAAUUCAGCAAAUGACGUUAGUUGGAUCAACAGGUGUUCAAUUGUGUUACACAUUGAGCUCGUGUAACUUAUUUAUUGCGCUGGCAGCAGCGGUGCCCCCACAAUGAAUCUCUUCUUCAGGUUAAACUAUACUGUGGUCGAGAAGACGAGUGUAUCGAAAAGUACUCAUACCGAACACUUUUCUAAAGUGUACCCUAUUAAAAACUUAAGAAGAAUAAACUCUAUGUUACAUAUAACUGGCUUUCGAUAUGCUUUGUAGUGGUUCAAUGUCUCGUAUUAUAUCUAUACUAUCCCCUCGGUCUGUAAUCUCUGAGUAUAAAUGUAUAAUAUGUGUAGACCGAAACACACAAAUGAUUUACGCGAGACAUGAAAUUUAAAAAACAAUUUAAAAAUAUUUCUUAGCAAUGCAUUUUUAUUUCUAUAGAUGCUAUAUUUCAUGAAAAUUUGUGAAGAUACGGACUUGCUUUCUUGGUUUUCUACGAGAGCCUCUCAGAAUGUGCCUCUUUUAAAUUCAAGCAAUAUCUAAAGAACAGGAGAAUGGAUCGCCGGAAAAAAUAACUAUUGGAAUCAAUAAUUAUACCUUCGGUGUACAUAAAAUUAAAUAUGAUCUUAUUAAUUAAUUUUUCGAUAAAAUCAUUGUUCUAUAUCCAAUUUUUUUUUCAUCCUAGUCAAGUUUUGUACGUACGGGUGACGAUCAAUAGCAAGCAUAACAAAUCUGGCUGGAAGGAAAACAUUUAUUAUCUAUAUCUCUAAGUUUGAAUGAAUUGACCAGGGAAACGAUACGUAGGGUAAAAAUAAAGUUAAGAUGAUUGACUGUUUGUCUUCUUCUAAAUCAAACUUGAAAAUUAGAUUAAUUUAAGAUUGUUUGUAAUAGCAAUGAGUUAAAAAGGAAUUGUUAAGGUCAGCGAGGCAACCAACCCCGCAAAAAAGAUCGUACUUGAAUGCAAUUUGUUUUUAACAGUAUGCAAGUUGAAUGGGAAUUAUUCUCUGUGUCCGCACGGGACGCGAUUACAGUCUCGUGUAAAUACACGGAUUUGAUUUUCUCAAAACAUUUUAAUGUGAAGAAAAAUUAUUGAAUAAUUUUACUCAUUUUGCUGAAGCCAUGAUAGCCGAGCCUAAAGCCGAGAUACUAAAAUUACAUAAAAUGUUAUCAAGUGAAGUUAGAAUUCGAAACAACGCUGCACUUCGCUGCAAGAACGUACAUUUAAACAACUCAAGUGUACAGAAACCCUUAAUUAUACAUAGUUCAUCAAUAUACAAUAUAUACGAUGUAUAACGCAAUAUUUCGCAAAAUGUGGUAGCAAACAGCGAACGCACAGUUGUUUUUUUUUUUUUUCAAAAUAUGAAUUGAAACUCAAAGAGCGAAGAUAGUCCUGAACAGUUGCAAAUGACAAUUUUAUACCUUUUUAAUAUUUCUAUGCAGCUAGAAGCAGCUAGAGACAGAAUUUCUGCACCAAAAUAACCAUUAUUACAGAAAAUGAGUUUACUAUGCAAUAAACUAUGUUACAGACGUUCCGCAAAAGUAGCGAUCGAAAAAGCGGUGCUCUAUUGCCAAGAUCCGCGCCAUUAUCCUUCGUUGUAUGCUCGCUUGAUUUGUUUUAUUUUACAGUGUAGAAAAUUAAACUGCUGUUACUGCAUAUUACUGUACUGUGUAAAAUUUGAAAAAGAAUGCGUCAUCAAUCAAAUAUAAAAGAUAAUUCAUUUUUCGGAGAGCACUAAUUCUAAAUUUGAAAUACAAAAAUGUGUCACACUCCGCUCCUCUGAUAAUCAGUAAAAUACAAUCAUCUACCAAACAGAUGGUGGUGCGUCACUAAGAAACAAACACAUUUCAGUUUUCUGUCAUCUAAAUGUGUUUGUCGUUCUGCUUGAGAUACGUAAAUAUGACUCCGCUAUGGUUUGACAAAAAACUUGAAAAUUAGAUUAAUUUAAGAUUGUUUGUAAUAGCAAUGAGUUAAAAAGGAAUUGUUAAGGUCAGCGAGGCAACCAACCCCGCAAAAAAGAUCGUACUUGAAUGCAAUUUGUUUUUAACAGUAUGCAAGUUGAAUGGGAAUUAUUCUCUGUGUCCGCACGGGACGCGAUUACAGUCUCGUGUAAAUACACGGAUUUGAUUUUCUCAAAACAUUUUAAUGUGAAGAAAAAUUAUUGAAUAAUUUUACUCAUUUUGCUGAAGCCAUGAUAGCCGAGCCUAAAGCCGAGAUACUAAAAUUACAUAAAAUGUUAUCAAGUGAAGUUAGAAUUCGAAACAACGCUGCACUUCGCUGCAAGAACGUACAUUUAAACAACUCAAGUGUACAGAAACCCUUAAUUAUACAUAGUUCAUCAAUAUACAAUAUAUACGAUGUAUAACGCAAUAUUUCGCAAAAUGUGGUAGCAAACAGCGAACGCACAGUUGUUUUUUUUUUUUUCAAAAUAUGAAUUGAAACUCAAAGAGCGAAGAUAGUCCUGAACAGUUGCAAAUGACAAUUUUAUACCUUUUUAAUAUUUCUAUGCAGCUAGAAGCAGCUAGAGACAGAAUUUCUGCACCAAAAUAACCAUUAUUACAGAAAAUGAGUUUACUAUGCAAUAAACUAUGUUACAGACGUUCCGCAAAAGUAGCGAUCGAAAAAGCGGUGCUCUAUUGCCAAGAUCCGCGCCAUUAUCCUUCGUUGUAUGCUCGCUUGAUUUGUUUUAUUUUACAGUGUAGAAAAUUAAACUGCUGUUACUGCAUAUUACUGUACUGUGUAAAAUUUGAAAAAGAAUGCGUCAUCAAUCAAAUAUAAAAGAUAAUUCAUUUUUCGGAGAGCACUAAUUCUAAAUUUGAAAUACAAAAAUGUGUCACACUCCGCUCCUCUGAUAAUCAGUAAAAUACAAUCAUCUACCAAACAGAUGGUGGUGCGUCACUAAGAAACAAACACAUUUCAGUUUUCUGUCAUCUAAAUGUGUUUGUCGUUCUGCUUGAGAUACGUAAAUAUGACUCCGCUAUGGUUUGACAAAUUAUGAUUUAGCUGGUGUGCGAUGACUCAAUUGAUCGAACAAUUAAUUUUGCUGUCGUUGCUCAGAAGAGAAAUAUUCUUAACAAUCAUGUGGAAAGUCCAUAACGAAGAGCGCUUCAAGAUUCAAUCGUUAUAAUUCAUUGGUUAUCAUAAAUUAGGGCAAAUUACUUCUAAUGAACCGUGGACAAUGAAAACCGCCCCAAUUAUUCGUGUACAUCUGUUGACGUUGUUGCUGAACCCCCAGCAUGACUCAUGACUUCAUCUUAAAACUGUAUUUGGCGAUACCCUUUGCUGCAGUUUCUGUUCGGUUCCGCUCGUACUGGCACUGCAUGACGAUGGGAUCUCAAAGUCCAUUGGCGUCGUGCUGUUAGCUCACGAUCCCCGUAGAUGUUGCAUGCUUUAAACAUUUUUCGAUGGCGUCAUAUUUGGUGGCGAUUGUUCAUCAUUCACAUUAAUGAAUGGAUCAUGUGGGAAGAUGCUUCGUUGAAAGUGAAAUUUCAUAUGUUCGUCACGUCAUUAUUAAAUGAUGUUGAGGAUCGAAUCCUGCGUUCGGUACAAGCUGAACUGGGUUUUCCUUUAAUUGAACAUCUAACCAGCAUCUCAAUCGUUCCCCAGUGCCGUAAGUUUGAAAAAAAAACACUUAUGACGAUGACAAUGCAAAGUCAUACUUCCGGAACGGUGUAAAUCAGUAAGCUAUUGCAAUCCCUAACCCCUUUGCCUUGUCUCUUAAGACUAUUAAUAGAUGACAGGAAACAGGAAAGCACUUAAGUUAGUUUCAACUUUACCUCUGAAAUGUAGUUUUAAACCUUUUGUUUGACAAAGAGCUGAUAAGUAGUAACAUCUUUAAAGGAUAAUGUGCAUUACUUACAUAUUAAUUAUACUUACAAUUUCUAAAGUAAAAAAAAUACUUGUUCACGGACACAUUAUACAUCAUAUAUGUUGUGAUUGUGUUUUCCUAAUUAAAAAUCAGUAUGGAAAGCUUUACUGGUAAAUCCGAACGUGCUUAUCGGUAAUUAAUUGUCGACUCAAAGGCGCAAUUACAAAUGGGUCAUUCAGAGGCUCUUUUUUCUUCUGAAUGCUUUAUAUUCUAUUAUGUUCUUCUCUCGUUCUUAUCUCUACGUGCCAUCAAUUCUUUAACUCACAUUCUUUCGCACUUCUUUAACUACAAUAAUACGUUGCAUUAGUCUAAAUUACAGAAUUGAGCUAAUAAUGUUAUCUAUGUUUUAAUUUAUUUUUCUUGGAAGAAAAUUACUACUACUACCACAAGUUGAAUAACUAUCGAUGAAAUAUCUUCGAGCCGCAACUGUGAGGAGAAUUGGCAUUGUUAUUUUUAGUAAUAUUCAUUGCUAUGUUUCCUUUUUCUUGGCGUUGCGAUAAUCUUACUACAUCGGGUGCAUCAUCUUUUCACGAUGACGUUAUGAGAAUAAAAGAUAAAGCUUUUAUCUUUUUACAACGUUGACCGGCGUUACCGACAUCAUGAGCCUCGGUGUAGAAUACCAUUAUGCCGUAGAAGCUUAUCAAUGCAAAUAGAGGAACCGCAAUUACGUUCGAAUGACUGCAUCUGACGAUGCUUAAGGUGACGGCUGUGUAAACGGGGUCUAGGGCACAUUUUUGUACAUAAUUGGCGGCUUGAAAUAUGAGUCAUCCUCCGCUACUAGUCGCUAAAAAAUGGAUUUGACAAAAAGUUUUGUUUUUA